CGACAGCUCAGAGCCCGGAUGGAGCAGCCAUUGGGGAAGUGUGCGGGGCUUUAACGUAACCGAGGAGUGCUCUCUCUGUGGAAUUAAAAAAAGAGACUAAGUGAGAGGCGAACACAGAGUCAUAAAUAUCCAAGAUCCACAGGGUGCCACACGACGAUACGCGCUUAACCUCGGAAAACCUGAACUCGGACUGGAAACCUUUGGGAUACAGAAUCCGAGGCGUCUGACUUGAACUGUGGAAGUUGGGAGAAUACUCAGCUGAGCCUGCGCUACAACUACUAGCCAUAAGCUAAGCGGCGCUGUUAGCCCCGAAGCUAACUCCAACUGAGCUGUGAACUUGCUUGCAAAUCACGGGGGUUGAGAUUCAGUCACAGGCUCAGGCUCCGUGAGAAAACCAGGGACUUGCUUAAUGAAUUAUGUCUACCACAAGCAUUGACCCUCAGAGAUCAAAGGGGCAAGCGUCUAAAGUGCAAAAUGGUUCACUGCAUCAGAAGGAGACUGUCCAUGACAAUGACUUUGAGCCAUACCUUCCUGGUCAAUCUACUCAGAACAACAGCUACCAGUCCAUCACCGAUCCCUACAUGUCCAGCUACUAUGCUCCCUCCAUUGGAUUUCCUUACCCACUGAGUGAGGCUCCCUGGUCCACAGGUGGGGACCCUCCAAUUCCUUACCUCACACCCUAUGGACCUCUGAGCAAUGGAGACCACCACUUUAUGCCGGACACCGUGUUUGGCCAGCCAGGAGGACUGGGAAGCAGUAUCUACCCCCACAGGUUUAACUUUUUUCCUGAAAACCCUGCCUUCUCUGCUUGGGGCACAAGUGGCUCCCAGGGCCAGCAGACUCAAAGUUCAGCUUAUGGUGGCAGCUAUAGCUAUCCUCCCAGCUCCCUGGGGGGCACUCUGGUGCCUGACGGUCAGACAGGGUUUCACAGCGACACCCUGAACAAAGCUCCUGGUAUGAACAGCCUAGAACAGGGGAUGGUUGGGCUGAAGAUUGGAGGGGAUGUCAGUGGUCAGGGGUCAGGAGUCAAGGCAGUGGGGUCUGUGAUUGGUGGGCCUGCAGUGACAGCCACAGGGAAUGGAGCCACACCGAUAGGAAUGCCUCCACCUAAGCCCACCUCCUGGGCUGCCAUUGCCAGCAAGCCUGCCAAACAGCAGCAGUUAAAAUUGAAGGUGAAGCCAGGGAUGCCCAAUCCAGGGGGGGCUCUGCCCCCACCACCUAUUAAACACAACAUGAAUAUUGGGACCUGGGACAAGGGCCCAGUCACUAAAGUAGCCACAGCCCCACUGCAGCAGCAGCAGCCUCUUGGGCUGCCUCAUGGCAUGCCACCUCAAGGCCCCAUACAGCAAGGACCCAUGCAGCCCCCACCUCCCCAGUCAUUAGUGCAACCCCAGAUGCAGCCUAUGGCCUUACAGCCUCAGCCGCCACACCACCAGCACCAUCAGCCACCACCUCAACCCUACCAAAACCACACCCAGCCACCUCAGCCCCAGACCCGCUGGAUCGCUCCACGCAAUCGUAACCAAGGCUACGGGCAGGGUGGCCUCGGCCAAGAUGGGAGUGGCAUGAUGGGAGUUGUUGGUGGUGGGAACAAUGGCCCCUUAACGUCUACUAGUCAGGGACCUGGUGGAGAAUCCCACCCAGUGCUGGAAAAGCUGCGUGCCUCCCAUAGCUACAACCCCAAGGACUUUGACUGGAACCUGAAGAAUGGCCGCGUUUUCAUCAUUAAGAGCUACUCUGAGGAUGAUAUUCAUCGCUCCAUCAAGUAUUCCAUCUGGUGUAGCACGGAGCAUGGCAACAAGCGGCUGGACUCAGCCUUCCGUGCAAUGAAUGGUAAGGGUCCAGUGUACCUGCUGUUCAGCGUCAACGGCAGCGGUCAUUUCUGUGGCGUGGCAGAAAUGCGCUCGCCAGUGGACUACGGGACCAGCGCUGGUGUUUGGGCGCAGGACAAGUGGAAAGGCAAGUUUGACGUGGACUGGUUGUUCGUUAAGGACGUGCCUAACAGCCAGCUGCGCCACAUCCGCUUGGAGAACAACGACAACAAGCCAGUGACCAACUCCCGCGAUACCCAGGAGGUUCCUCUGGAGAAGGCCAAGCAGGUGCUGAAGAUCAUCGCCACCUACAAACACACCACCUCCAUCUUUGACGAUUUUUCUCAUUAUGAGAAGAGGCAGGAGGAGGAAGAGGAAGUGCGCAAGACUUUUGAACCUGCUCAGAUACAGAACCGCUCUCGGUUGGAUCAGGAGCGCCAAAACAGGAAUAAACAAUAGAAGACAUUUAUCCUCGGCUUGAUCAUUUACAAUAGGACUCGAUUUAAAGACAGAAGAAUAUGAAAAUGCAACGAAGCCCCUCAUUUCUGUUUUCUAUUUAAUCCUGGUGAACGUUUUUUUGUUUUAUUUUUUUUAUUUUUUUGUCCCACCAACCAUCGAUUCUUGUGCGACAAUAAUAAGCUGAUUAAAUGUUACCUAGCAGCCACCACACUCUAAUUUUUUAAAACAUGUUUUUAUUCUUGUUCCAUCACGUUCUUUUCUCUUACUGGAUGUUUUUUUUUCUCUCUCUCUUGCUCCCGCCCCCUCCUCUCUCCAAUUGAAUCAGGGUUUGACUGCCACUUUAUAUUUCAGUACAAUCAGGAACAGACGUGUCAUGCCCCUCUGUCUCCAUUUGGGGGCAGCAUUGCCAUGCUUUAUAGGUUUAUCUGUGCCAACAGGAUUGAAGGAUCCUUAAGGCAAUGUUGGGACUUGGAACUGGGAUGACAAAACUUAAGUGGUUUAACUAUUUUUCAUUCAGAUCAACAAAAUCUCUAUUUUUUGGCUUACUACUGACAAUUUUCAUUUCAGAAACUUUUUCUCUGGAGCCUUAUUUUUGUUUUUAAUUAUCAGUGACGUGUCAAAAGAACUGCUCAAACAGUGACACUGCUGGAGAAAUCAGGGAAAGUGUGAAGUCACACAGGACUUAAGACAUUUCAGAAGAGGAAGGGCUUUUGGAAAGAAACAACAAAUAUGUCCUUCACAACCAGAACUCUCACCAUUUAAAUCAAAAAUUGUACUAAUGACAUUUUCACAGCCCUCUUUUUUUCUUUUCUUUUUUGUAAAAUUUCUUUUGAUGUUUGUCCUGAGAGCGUUGUCUUUUUGUGUUUCAACAACAGAUUCCGCUUGUCUCCACAACCUGGUCAACCUGAGCAAUUUGUCAAAUUCACCAUCUUGAAUUGCUUUGUUAGAAUUACAUAAUGAUGUAACUGCUAAGUUUAAUGAAUUUUAUGCUCUUGUGUUUUUUGUUCCACAAAACAGGGGUGAGGGUUCAAAUAUUUGUCCAUUCACCGUCAUUCUGUCUUAAUCCUUUGUAUUUUUUUUCUCUGUUUCCUUGAAUUUGGGUUUUGCUAAUUCUUUCAUGUUGGUCGUAAUGCUAAGCUUUAACGUAGGAGUCUAUAUAUUCAUGGAGAAAGCCUAAAAAUGUAUAACCUAAAAAUUAAUGUAACUGAUUUACUAUCAACUAAGAAAAAAAAAUAAGAAUGAAAUGUGGUUUCUGUGUGUUUUUUGGUUGUUUCAAAUAUAGUUUGUUUUAGCUGGGAUCUACUGAUCCUGAUACAGCAAGUUCUAAAUUAUGUUUAAAAAAAAAAAAAAACAUUUGGGAACUAAAAAAAUAUUGAGAUGUGUGUGCCGAUGCAUGGCGAGCUGAAAUACAGUGGGUCUGCUGAAGAUGUCUGAAAAGAAGGUCCUCCAUGUGGCUUGCGUCUAAAGAUGACAGUGCUGUUUCCCCCCCCCCUUCUUUAGCACAUUUUAAAUAAGAACACAGUCAUUUUAAAAAAAUGAAAUCACAGAUUUUCUUCCCUUUGAUCUUGUGAUUUAUUGAAGUAUCUCUUUGGCCGCUGUGAUGCAGAGAGAAACCCCCGAAAACAGAUCUGCUGCUUCUUUCAUUUUCCAUCUUUUGUGUAUUUUCUAAUCCUGAUGUAGCCUCAAAUGAACUAAAACUCACUUUUCAGAUUCUAUUGAAAAUUUUCUUCUUUUUUUUUCUUAAUUAUUGAAGAUGAUACGGAUAAUACUGUCACCUGUGUGGAUAACUGUGGCCAAAAGUAGAUGUUUGCGUAUUUAGGUUAUAGAUGAUGUAUAUUCUUCAAUCCUGUUUUUUUGUUUGUUUGUUUUUUUUGUCUUUACCUUAUUAUAAAAGUGAAAUGGCUCAAGUAAUGCACUUUACAGAAGUCGCCCGAGUAUGAACUGCAAGUUUCAGAGAGGAAGUAAAUUUGUGAUGCUGCAUUGUGUUCUUACCCUGCCAGUGUAAUCACCUCUCAUAGCCUCUAAUCUUCAUUAUCGUUGUACUUGCACUAACCGAUAGCUAGGUUGAUUGAAGCAAUAUAGGGGACAUGCGCGCUCCCUCACCAACACCACUCUGACAUGCAGAGGAGGGCAGAGGUGAGACGCUAAAGGAUGUCACCGAGGACUUUUAUUGCCUCUGGAGUUGGUAGCUGGUUGGGAUUAAAGUACAGGGCUUACAUGUACAUUAAGGAUAAUUGUAAGAUGUUUGAUGUAAGGGGGUUGUCGGGUCGGCCACAGAUUUCAGCACUGCAGAAGGAUCCAUUAUAUGAAAUGCUAAACCUCUGAUUUAUCUAAAAGGCCACAGCUGUAGUGGACACAACCUGUUCAAAAGGAUCUAUCUUGGUUUUUCUUUAUAGAAGAAUUCAAGCCUUAAUAAACUGUUAGUUCAGAAAUCACUUUGUCUUGAUCUUGUGAGUCCUCUGUGAUUUCCUUGAGAAAUUCUUACAGUGACCUUAUCUAAAGACUCGCUUCGCAGGCCAGCCUCUGUGCUGAGAUGACCCUCAAAGGUUGUCAAGCUAGAAAUAAUUUCUUUACUUUGCCUGUCUAUUAAUCCCUGUUAGCUUCGCCCAAGAUUCUGUGUAGACAGUUGUUAUCGAACCCGGUAUGUUACUUACAGUUAAAAGAGAUUUCAGAUUUGAUUAGAUUUAUUAAACAUAUAUGUUUGUAACAUGAAGAAGAAAAUAGUCAAUGCAUUUUUUGCACGGUUUUGUUUUAGAUUCUCAAAUGUAAAAAAAUGUUUCAUAAUGCCUUUUUUUCCCCCCUUCACUUUGCUUAACUGGCACUCUCCAUGGUCCUGAUUUAGAGAAAGAGCAGUUAGCAUUCUCCUGUCACAAAAUAAACUAAAGACAGCUGUUCAGACUGAAAA